GGAGGCUUGGCGUUUGGCGUGGUGGAUGCCAGAAUCGCUGCGGUGGGCCUGAUACCCGCCCGUGAACGUCCGCGUGCCUCUUUAUCUUCGCUACGCGACCAACUGCCAGCGUCCGCACACUGCACCGGCUGUCCUCCUCCUAUGGACGUAAACAUCUUCGCACCGCCUGCGAGCCCUCCGAGUCCUGGCGACUACACAUCCUGCGCACCGUGAUGUCGGCCCUUGUGCCUCCUGCCGCCAACGAGCGAUUCGAGCCGCCUGCCCUGGACUUGGGAGAUCAUCGCAGUAACAUUGCUUCGAGCGUGCGGAGCGGCGCCCCUACCACGAAUAGCAUCGUCAAAUCCAGCAGAUGGGCGCGGAGGACAAUUGGGCUUUUUCUGCUCACCGUCACCAUCUUGGCCUGGACCAGCACCAACUUUCUCGCGAGUUCCAUCUUCUCCGACGAUACCUACUCGAAACCCUACUUCGUCACCUACGUCAACACAGCAUUCUUCAUUAUCCCACUGGUACCGAUACUGAUCAAGAGGUGGCGCGAAAAUCCCGAAGCAUUCAGGGCAUGGAUAGACGAGCUGCGCAUGCGCGCAAAGGGCAGAUACUCUGCUUUGAAGCAGGAAGAGGGAGAGAAUGACCGCGGCUAUCACGAGAGUCCCAUUUUACGCAGCACAAGCGCGCUCCUGGACGAGCCUGUUGAAGGGAGCCAGGUGCUCAGCGGUAAGGACUUGGGCAUUCCACCUUCGGACGCUGCCGAGGCGCCUCUGACGGUACUGGAAACCGCGCGACUCAGCUUGGAAUUCUGCCCUCUCUGGUUUCUGGCAAAUUACUUUGUGGCAGCGUGUCUGCAGUACACUACAGUGGCCUCCUCCACCAUCCUGACCAGCACGAGUAGUGUCUUCACACUCAUAUUUGGAGCCAUGUUCAGAGUUGAGCGCUUCACAGUGCGCAAAUUGCUCGGCGUGCUUGCGUCGUUGGCGGGAAUUACUCUCAUCUCGUGUCUGGAUCUGUCUGGUAAGACAAACGACGAUGAACAUCGAGGCGACUUCCCGCAAAAGUCGCUGAAGGAGAUCGCAAUCGGAGACUUCAUCGCAUUCCUCUCCGCAGUCAUGUACGGACUCUAUGCUGUUUUCAUGAAGAAACGCAUCGGAGACGAAAGCAAAGUCGACAUGCCGCUUUUCUUCGGCUUCGUGGGCCUCAUCAAUGUCCUCAUUGCCUGGCCUGGACUCAUUAUUCUGCAUUACACGGGCGCCGAAACAUUUCAGCUACCUCCGACUGGAGACGUGACACUGGUCGUCUUCCUGAACUCGGCGGGGAGCUUGAUUGGAGACAUUGCAUGGGCAUACGCAGUGCUAUUAACCUCGCCCAUCGUCGUUACCGUUGGCUUGAGUCUGACGAUACCACUAUCUCUGAUCGGCCAGAUCAUCCUGGACAACCAGAGAGCGGGGCCGUGGUACUGGUUGGGAGCAUGCAUCGUGGUUCUAUCGUUUCUUUUCAUCAAUCACGAAGAGAAGAAGGACGACGACAUACCUACGCCUGCGGCAGGCGAAGGGCCCAGCGCAGAAAGACAGGACUUUCUAGCGCGAUGAUGAUCACGUAAUAAUAUGAAUUGGAAAUCCGCAAUUUGCUUCAAUUUCAUCUUGCUAUUCCAUGUACUCUGGCUCGGCCCUCCUACUGCGCUUCAGCAGCUCAUACGCCAACCCAUUGAUCUCCAAUAUCGCAACCUCGAUCUCGGGCUUAUCGAGCAAGCGGUUAUGCCAUCCUAGCGUAUCUGCCACUGCUUCUCGCAUAUCUUUGUCGGAGGGAGGCGUGGACGAGUAUACGACAUGUAUUGCCUCCGCUAAUUCGACCGCAUCCCAGUGUCGAGUCAAUUGAAUCUUGAAUUUAUCAAGACAAAGCGCUUUCAACCCGCC